CUAAUAAGAAUCAAAUUAAAUCACUACUCUCUUUGGUAAAAGAUGGGCCUUAAAGGCAAGGUAGUUGGGCAGGUAGAGAUCAGUUUUCAUGGAGAUAUUUAUCAUGAAAUCUUUAGAGAGAGACCACAUCAUCUGCCCUCCAUGUGUUCAGCUAUUCAUUCAAUUGAAGGCCAGGGAGGAACUGUGGGCUCCACCAUCACCUUGAUAUUUACCCAUGAAGGGAAGACCAAAAUGGCAGAAGAUGUUAUUGAGGCCAUAGAUGAUGAGAAGAAAUUGGUGAAAUUCAGAGUGGUUAAAGGUGACAUCUUGGAGUCCUAUAAGAGUUUCAGUCUAACAUGUCAAGUUCAUAGCAAUGAUGAUGAUCAUUUUGUGACAUGGACUCUUGAGUAUGAGAAGUUGAGUGAGGAGAUUCCCGAGCCACUCUCUUAUCUCCAAACUAUCCUAGAUAUUACCAAAGAAAUGGAGGAUCACCAUGCAAAGAAAUAAUAAUCCUACUCUAUAAUAAAGUCAACUUUUAGUAAGAAAAAAAUAAUGAUGAUGAUAAUAGUCGGUAUCAAAUGUAAUUAUUUAUUCAAUAUAUUUUCGUUAUAAGUUGUAGCUCAAAGAGUCAAUACCCCAUUACCAGGGUUUAAUUCUGUGACAAUCCCUCAAGGAGAGGGACAUAGGUGCCAAUUGAGCAUAAUAUGGUUGGCCAAAUUAUCUCUUUACGUCUUUUUCAAUUUGAUAGUUAAAGGUUUGGGCUGUGGUCUUGAUGCAUAUGAAUUAAAUCUAGUUUUAGAUUAAUUCUAUGCA